AAAAUCGGUGUCUUAAACGUGAUUAUCGUGAGUGCUUAGUGGAAUGCACCCUUAUAUAUAGUAUUCCAAUAUUUCUUGCAUGGACUGCCUAUUCGUGUAGUCUAUGGUUUUAAUGAUGAAAUUAGAAUCGUGUCAAAACAUUGAAUCGAAAAAUAAUCGAUUUUAUACUGCACAAAUUUUAUUGUCAACAAAUGGCUAACCUAAAGUUAUAAGAUCUUUUUAAAAAUAUGUUAAGUCGUAAAUCUUUAAUAUUAUCUAAAUAUGUGUUAUACCAAACGAUAAGUUUCUGUGAAAAAAGCUGUAUACAUCAGAAUGUUAGACAUAAAAGUAUAUUCUAUAAAUUAGAAAAUAAAAUCAGUUGGCGUUCCAUAUCGUGGAGUAAGAUAUUAUGUAAUGAACCCAGCAACGAUAACAAAUCUGAUAAUGCUAAUACCAAAAAGGAUGGAAGUAAAAAAUCUAAACCUGUAUUGGAAGUUAUAUCACCAAAACUUAAAACUACAGUAAAGAAGGAAUCAACAGUGGUUUUAGAGAAUGUCAAAGAGAAGAGUUUGCAAUCUGAAAGUGAAAAUGUAAGAAUAUUAUCUGCAGACACUAUAAAAAAACUUAAAGGAAAAGGAGAAAAAGAACCGGAAAAAGAAAAAGCUAAACCACCUCCCAAAAAAAGAAAAAGGGUAGAUUUAUCAGUGCAAUCUCUUGAAAGAAACUUCAUCACACCUGUUAAGGCUAUGUCAGAUUUUUUGUUAAAGCCAUCUGAUCUUGAAGCACUUCCAAAAACUAAAAGACGAUCACCUUACGAAUCAGAACCUCCCAUAACUGUAUACUGGAGAAAAGAUGUUGAAGCUAAAGCUCUUGAAAUUUGGGGCACUAGAGAAAAUCUUCAAAAGGAACAGUUAAAAAGGGAUAUUGAGAGAAAGAAAUACCAGCAAAAUAUUUUUACUGUUAAAAGAAGACUAAGAGACUUUAGGAGAGAAAUGGGCAAAUCUUCAGAUGUUAUUGAAGAUGAUGGUGGAUUAAUGAGUAGAUCUGGAAAGGUUGUUCUUACAGCUGUGGUAAUAAAUGGAGCAAAUUUUUUAUCUAAACUAUGUGCAUGGAUUUGGACUGGAUCCCAUAGUAUGUUUUCCGAAUGCAUACAUUCUUUAGCGGAUACAAUAAAUCAACUUAUUCUAGCAUAUGGUAUUCACAAAUCCAUUCAGAUUGCAGAUUCUUAUCAUCCUUACGGAUAUUCCAAUAUGAAAUAUGUGGCAUCACUUAUUUCAGGUGUUGGAAUUUUUUGUGUAGGAACUGGCUUGUCUAUUUACCAUGGAAUAGCAGGUCUUAUAAAUCCAGUGCCAUUAGAAGAUUUUUUUUGGGCCUACAUCACUUUAGGUGGAUCUUUUGUCUCUGAGGGGGCUACUUGUUUAGUUGCAUUUAAUUCUAUCAGGAAAGGUGCUAGACAAGCCAAUAUGUCUGUAAUGGAUUUUAUUUUUAGAGGACAAGAUCCUAGUGUGACUGUGGUGCUUCUUGAAGAUUUUGCUGCUGUGAUUGGUGUAGUAUUGGCUGCUGGCUGUAUAGGUGUUUCUGCAUUAACUGAGAGCACAGUGCCAGAUGCCAUGGGAUCUCUAUUAGUAGGAUGCAUUUUGGGUUCUGUUGCAUCCUUUAUAAUAUACACCAAUGUAGCAGCUCUUGUUGGAAGAUCCAUUCCUGAGGAAAGCCUUGAAAAAAUUAAUGCUGAAUUAGAAAAGGAUAUUAUGAUCAGGGCAAUACACGACGUAAAGGGUAUCGAUAUGGGAAGUUAUCUAGUCAGGUAUAAAGCUGAAUUGGACUUUGAUGGAAGGGAGUUAACUAGAUCAUAUUUAGAUAAACUUGAUUUAAAUGAUUUGUUAGACGAACUUAAGACAAUAGAUAACAUUGAUAAAAUAGAGGAAUUUAUGCUUAAACAUGGCGAAAAUAUUGUAGAUAUGAUGGGUGGAGAAAUAGAUAGGAUAGAAAUGAAACUUAGGAAAAAGUACCCAGAAAUAAGACAUUGUGAUCUAGAAAUACUUUAAGAAUUAGAAUUAUCUUAAUGUUAAUACAGUAUUUUUGAACUUAUUUCUAAGCUUACAUGUUUUGUCGUUAGCCAAUAUGGUUUAAAUAUACUAUUUUAUGUAAUUUUUAUUUAUUGCUUCAACUUGUAUGAUUAAAAAUCAUUCAACUUU